AUGGAACCGUCUCCACUUCAGCCCAAAAAUCGGCUUGCGUCUGGGAUCCUCGAUAACCUCGCGCGAUUCCCCCAUUGCAUUCUCCUAACUCGCGUGGGUCAAUUCUAUGAGUCAUACUUCGACCAAGCCCAAGAGGUAGCUCACUUGCUUAAUAUCAAGCUAACGCAGCGAACGUGGAAUGGCCAGCGCGUCUGGAUGUGCGGCUUCCCUCUGAUGCACCUCGACAAGUACCUGAAAAUUCUGGUGCAGAAUCACAAGCGCUUCGUCGCACUGUGCGAGGAAUUUCCCCGGUCCCCGCACCUGGGUCCAAAGGGCGGCUUUGACAGACGUGUAGUCCGCAUCGUGACGCCGGGCACGCUCAUUGACGAGCCAUUCCUGAACCCAUAUGAGAAUAACUAUCUUCUCGCGAUCGUAGACCCCGAGUCGCCAGCUCAGCAGGGGCCAGAGUCUGCGACUGAUCGCCUUGGCCUUGCCUGGACAGAUGUCUCCACUGGAGAGCUGUUCACCAAAACCAUUCCAAUUGGAAGUCUUCGUGAUGAACUAGCUCGAAUAAGUCCUCGAGAGGUUGUUCUCGAUGAGGGCAGCAAUAAAGAUCGCUCGCACCCUGUAUACCAAGCAACCAUGGAAGAGGACUGCUUUGUAUCAUUCUACUCUCCUUCCACCGAUGCGAUACAAUAUACGCCGACUCUCGUCUCAAGCAUUGACACGGGCACUGACGAUGUGACAGCUCCAUCCGAGCAGAGUGGUAUAGCGCUUUCAAACCUGGAGAACGACGCCAUUACGUUGCUCACUGCCUUCAUGCAAGCCAAUCUCCUCGAGCAUAUGCCCCGUCUUUCCUUGCCGAGUCGAGAAAGUACCAAAGGACGGAUGCAAAUUGACGCACACACUAUCAAGGCGCUCGAGAUUCGGGAAGGGUACAGCGAUGGGGGCUCCACGGGAAGUCUGAUCAGUGCGAUCAAACGCACUGUUACCAGUAGUGGAACCCGCCUUCUAGUUCGCUGGCUAUGCUCUCCGAGUACAUCACUCGAGGAGAUCAAUGCGCGCCAAUCUCUUGUGGCCUUCUUUUAUGCACGGCCUCAUCUUCGCGAUGACCUGUUACAGUCGCUGAGAGAGCUCGACGAUGCUUCUCGUAUCGUGCAAAAAUUCCUGCUCGGGCGUGGUCAGCCAAGUGACUUGGCUGCCAUCUCAAGCACGAUUCGUAUCUGGGAAUCGAUCAAGAAGCAAAUUGAAUUUGAGAAGAUCAUGGAGAAAACACAUCGGGAGCUCAAGCCUCAAGAGUGGGAGAGUGUUGAAGCGUUGCUGCACGGGAUGUAUCACCUUGAAUCGCUUUCGGAAAGGAUCGAGGGCGCUAUCAAUGCCGCAAACAUUCGGGAACUAUCUACGCCGAGUGAUCCCAUUCCAGACAAUGACGAGGCUUCCGACUCCGAUUCCGAUCCAAAGACUCUCCUAUCUACAUCUGCUCCUGUCAUCAACACGAACAAUGCAUUCGGUGGCUACAAGUGGCAAAUCAGGCGUGGAUUUUCUGCAGACCUUGAUGAACUCCACAACACGUUUGAGAAAAUUCUUGAGCGCAAGCAGCUACUUGAACAACAACUCCAGUCAACUUACAAUGCUCCAUCUCUUUCUCUUCGGUCGUCUCCUGGUCAAGGCAUGCAUGUGCAUGUGGCAAAAGGAAAACGGGACUCAUCGAGGCUCACCGCCUCAUCUCAUUUCAUUCCACUAUCUACAAGCAGUUCGACAAACACUUUCUUCUACCAAGAGUGGUCUCAACUGGGAGCACAGUUCAUUGAGACUAUCACUGCCAUACAAAGAGCCGAGAAAGCUGCUUUUGAAGCCCUUCGUGACGAGGCAAGCGCACGUUAUAUACCUUUUGUCAUUGCACACUCCGGCCAAUUGCGGCGUAACGCCCGUAUACUGGAUGAGCUAGACGUUACAAUUUCGUACGCCAAUCUGGCGGUUGACAUGAACCUCGUGCGACCGCAUCUGACAGACAGUUCCAUAUACCGCGUAGUCAAUGGUCGACAUCCAACUGUGGAGCUUGGCUUGCUCCGUGCAGGACGAGGCUUCACUCCGAACACGGUGACUCUGACUCCGACCUCAUCGUUACAUGUCAUAACCGGGCCGAAUAUGGCUGGCAAAUCUACCCUCCUGCGCCAAACUGCUCUCAUCUCUGUCCUUGCUCAGAGCGGUUCCUUUGUUCCCGCGGACUCGGCCGAACUUGGGGUUGUCGACAGGGUGUUCUCUCGUAUAGGAGCGCGAGAUGAUCUCUUCCGUGAUCGAAGCACCUUUAUGGUAGAAAUGCUGGAGACAAACGAGAUCCUCCGGAGAGCUACUCCUCGAAGCUUGGUCAUCAUGGAUGAAGUUGGCAGGGGGACGACCGUUGAUGAUGGACUGGCCAUCGCCUUCGCCGCAGUGCACCACUUAGUCACGGUCAACAAAUGUCGCGCUCUAUUCGCGACACAUUUUCAUGAGCUUGCGGACAUGCUAGGAUGUACGGGACAUCAGGGGCAAGGUCCAUUCUCAGGGGUGAGCUUCUUCUGCACUGACGUUGAUGAGACCGAGGACGGUUACUUUGCGUACUCGCAUCGCUUGCAGCCUGGUGUCAACCGCAAUAGCCAUGGUCUGAAAGUUGCCCAGUUGUCAGGCAUGCCGGAGUCGGCUAUGGCAGUAGCGAACACAGCGCUGUCAUGGCUUAAGAAGCGGAGAACGAGCCAAGACAGCGCCCAGGUCUUGCGAGCUUUGGGACAAUCGCUAGCGUCUCCAAAGUCAAUUGCAUCCACCUCUUAG